AUGUCGGCGGAAGCAGUAGAGGUGAUAUCGACACCGCAGGUUUUCAUGCCCAUAUUGGGUUAUGUCAAAGCCGAACUUGUCAUCAACUGCUUGAUUGUGCUGCUGGUUCUGAUCGUCGUCACUCUGCGGGUCAUUGGGAGACUUAUGGGACCUGGACUUGGAUGGGAUGAUGGAUUCGUUAUUUUCGCAACGCCGCUGGGCGUGGCAAUGUUGUGUUGUCAAGGACUUUUCGCACCUGUUGGAAAUGGAUACGAGUUAGCGAAGCAUCCUGAGCUCGCCGCGAAUAUUCCUUUCAUUCUCAAGUUGACAUUCUGCAUGCAAGCCAUUUAUGUCACACUCCUCGCCUCCGUCAAAGCGAGCAUGUUGGCCUUCUUCAUCCGAGUCUUCCCAACAAGCUUCAUGCAAAAGUCAUCCAAGGCUGCCCUCGUCUUUGUUGCUAUGUGGCUCAUCGCCUAUCUUUGCUCUUGUAUCUUCCUUUGCAACCCAGUCUCUGCUCAGUGGACUGCCCAAGGAAAGUGUGGAGCGUACAUCCCCAUGAUUCAGUCCUUGAUCGCUACCAACGCUAUUGGAGACUUGAUCAUUAUGGCGCUUCCUAUGCAUAGCGUUUGGAACUUGAAGACACGCCGUGCGGAGAAGAUUGGUAUCACCUCUUGUUUCGCAUUGGGUCUUGCUUGCGUUGUCUGCGCCGUCUUCCGACUUAUCUACAUCUCAACUGUCGAUCUUAACAACAACAUCACCGGAACCAUGCCCACCACCAUCUUCCUCUUCAUCCUCGAGCCUAACCUGGCCAUCCUCUGCGUUAGCAUUCCCAUGCUCCGACCUUUCUACGCCAAGUACAAGAAGCGAAUGGGGGGUGCCGUCAGCACCCAGCCAGAGAUUGCUCGAGACCCAAACCUGUCGACCUGGGAGAUGGAUGAUUAUAGGCCGAAUGAUAAGCUUCAGCACGGUUAUGCCGUCGCAGGAUUCCCUGAUGAGUCAGGGUCGGAGAAGAACUUGACUGUUGGAUCUUCUGAGAUGAAGAAUAACGAGAUCAGUGUUGAGACUCGAUGGACAGUCACUCACUCCCGAAAGUAG